UCGGGUGUAUACCAUUGUUUAUGAAUGGUAAUAGCACGUGUUGUUUUCAAUAAUUUUGUUUUAUUUGAAAGAAAAGAUGUUCAAACGACAAGUUUUAUUUGUUUUAAAUCAAAAUUUGAUACGUUAUUCUUCAUUAUCACAAUCAACAGUGACAUCAUCAUUGAAUUCGGCAACCAAUAGAUAUGAUAAUGAUGAUGGACACCAGCACAAAUCAAUCAAUAAACGAUUAUCAUCAUCAUCCAAACAUUUAUAUCGAAAUCUAUUCGAUUGGAAUAGUCAAAUUGAUCUGGCUAAAUUAUUAGCGAAAAAUAUCGUUUACAAUGAUUAUGGUUUGAUAGCCAUUUCUAAACCAUGGGGAUUAGGUAUACAUAAACCUGCUGAUAAUGUAAUUUAUUUGAAAAAUCCUUCAAACGCUGAACAAAUAUUAAAUAAUCAAAUUUUUGGCCAACCAAAAUACUCUAUUGCCGAUGUUAUUGAUUUAUUUGGACAACUAAUGCAUCUUAAUCAUCCAUUGCAUAUUGUUAAAGCACCCGAUCGUCGUUGGUCUGGACUUGUAUUAUUUUCCGAAGAAAAAACGAUGGAGAACCAUAUCCUGAAAGCAAUACGUCGCGCAAAAGCACAGCGAACGCCACCAAUGCGUUUCUAUUGCGUUGUGAAUGGUCUAAUCCCGAGCGUAGAGAUUGGCCGCUGGUAUGAAGAGCGUUGUGGGAUACGUUUAACUGAAAUCGAUGAAUUAGGUCAAUCAAAAGAGCCGAUCUAUGUUUCACCGAAUGAUAUGAGUCAUAAUAUUCGUAAAAAAGGUGCUCAUCGUGAUAAUAAAUAUCAACUUGGUCCAGUGAAAUCUGCUUCAAUCAAAUAUCGUGUAUUGGCACAGAAUCCAGAUCUGGCCGUAUCCUUAAUCGAUCUACAUACGACAAUAACAAAAUGGUCCGCAAUACAAUGUUUUCUUGCAUAUAAAACAUCAUUCAUAUUGGGUGAUACCUUUUUUUCCUAUCGUGUCAAACAUAUAUUUGGUCAGCAUAUCACAAUGUCAACAUUGAAACAAAAAAAUCUACAGAAUUGGCGUCAUAUUGAUCAAUCAUUUGAACCAUUAUCACGAAAAGUUUGUCAGAAAUUAGGCGUCCGUAGUAAUCGUGAAAUACCUUUAAUGAUACAUCAUUAUGGCCUAUUAUUUCCAAAAUUAUUGCGAACAUUACGUCCAUUAAAACGACAAUCCAAUCAUGAAUCAUUAAAUGAUCAAACUAAUCAAAAUCUAAUCAAACUUGAUGAUAAUGAUGAUCUAAUCAUCGAAACAAAUUUCAAUCAUUUACCCAAACAUUUUUAUCGUACACUUGAUCGUUUAAAUUUGAAUAUUUUUUCAUAA